UCUGUCUUCAUCAUGGUCACUCAGGCGUCGCAACGGAUGCUCAGCGACGGCAUGUCUCCUUUCUCAACCCCCGGUGGCAAAUCUGUGUUAUCCACCAGCAGCCGAUCCGAGCAAGGUGGCGCCCAGACUACACCGGCAGAUGGGGAGAAACAAAAACAACAGAUCGUAUUAAAGGCCUGCUUGCAUCCGCUGCAAUUCAAUGUAAAGGAGAAAGUGAGCACGAUGCAUCUGUCAUUAGCUUGCCAUUACCACAAUGUAAACCUCAACGAUAAAUGCAUUAGUCAUAAAAACACAUAUUUGCACAGAAAAGAAGAACAGUAAUGAGCAGCCGAUUUACCGCAGUUGACGACAGAUUGCUUACGUUUAAUCCCUUUUUACAGGCAGCAUCAUUUUGAUCUCUUCCCUCCGUGAGCUGCAGAUUUCUGGUCCUCCUCUCGCAGCGGCAGAGCGCUGCUGCAUGGAGCCGGGAGCCGCCGGGUCCUAGUGCCCGUGGAUUAGAGACAAAUCAGGGAUAUCAAGGGGACAUCUCCCCGGAUGUUAUGAGGUGAGUGAGGCAAAAAUAGCUCUGACAUGUCUUCUGCUGUGACCAAGCCCCUCUCCGCUUGGCCCUGUCAAUCACAGACCCAAACAAGAUGGCAGGCUGCAGGAGCUGGCUCCUCUGUUUAACAGUUUGUGCUGUCAGUUUCUUUGAGGCAAAUGCAGAGAUCAAAGUUACCAUUCCUGUGGGGAAGUUAUUUACAUACGAGCUGCUGAGAGAGUAUUUCCAGAAUGACUUUGAACCUUUGUCAAAACUCUACGCUGGCCGCUUGUAUGAUGACCCCAUGAUUUUUAAGUGCAACCAGCAGAGUUUCCCAGACCUCCCAGAGUGGCUGCGCUUCACCCAGAGGCACCCCUACGAUAAUGGAUUCCUGUACGGCACGCCAACUGCUCCAGGAAAAACUAUAAUUGAGAUCUUUGCCAUUAACAAACGAAGCUAUGAAGCAGCCAGACACAUACUGGUGAUCAAAGCCACUGCAGAGAAGAUUCUGCCUUAUGAAGCUGAGUUCUUCAUCAAGCUGAGGGAGAUUGAGAAGGUGCUGCCCUCUUCUGUUCAGGAUGAGAUAAAGCAUGAUCUACAGAAGCUGUGGGACACGGAGGAGUUGGAAAUAGUGAACAUCACAAACGCCCUGGACCGCGGCGGCAGAGUUCCCCUCCCGCUGGCAGGACACUUUGAAGGUGUGUAUGUGAAGGUGGCCUCGGAGCAGUAUUUCUCAGAUUGUCUCCUGAGGGUGCUGACUGCAGAGCAUGAAAAGCAGUGCACAGCUGGAGCCAAGGUCAAGGUCCCCGGAGAAUGUAACUUCUGCAGCAUUCCCAGCAACUGCAUCACCUGGUGCAAGACGGAGCUGUUUGAUCUGACUAAGCAGGCAACGGCUCCGCCCGCUCCCCCCGUGGGCUCGGGGAUUCUGGAGGACGGAGGAGACUUCAACCCCCCCGAGUCUCCCCCGAGCAGAGACUUCUUCCCGGACUACAUCGUGACAGUGAUCGUGCCGCUGUUCCUCGCCAUCAUCCUGUGUCUCCUGCUGGCCUACGUCAUGUUCGGCAGACGAGAGGGAGUUAUGAAGAGGAAUGCAAGAACGAACCAGAUUCAGCUGUACCACCACCACACCAUCCACGGGAACACUGACGAGCUGAGGAACAUGGCGGGACAGCGUAGUUCUGCUUCUCCUCUGUCCACACUGCCCAUGUUCAACAGCCGCACUUUGGACCGGGCCCCACUGCGGGGUGACAGCCCCAGCAUCCCCCUCAUCCUGGCCCAGCAUGAUCCAUACAGCGACACGCUGCCCAGGAAAUGAGAAGAUGGAUAAAGCCUAACCCUUUCCCUUUGUGUCAUUCAUAAAGUCUAUGGUUAUAUAUUUGCAGUGGUAAAUCUUUUUUUUUUCUUAAAGUAAAAUAGUAGUUUGUAAAGUUGUUAUUUGCUGUUUAUGACUUAGUUUUUUCCGCCAUCUUUAACUGCCAAUAAAAAAAGAUCAGAAGUCACAUUCUU